AAUUGAGUGUAGCUGUGUAGGAGCAUAGCACUUCCACUGCCAUGUUUUCGUUGAAAUAAGAAGAAGAGUCGCUGUCAGCAUGGAUCUUUUUGUUUUCAAUAAAGUAAGAUCCAUCCUUCUUCAGGAAACAAAUACAUUCCACUACAGGGAAAAAGUUAGCUGAAUUCUGUUUGUUUGUAGAAUCAUCACAGAUUUUUGGAAGUGACUUCAACAUGCAUGCACAAAGAUUUGGGCCUAUUCUCGUGACUUUCUUGUUGAUACUUGUUUAUGGAAGUGGUUCAUUGUUUGUGACAGGUCUUACCUUCGUCUUUAUCGCAAUCGUUGCCACAUUCAUAUGUUUUGUUUUUAAGAUUCAACUUGAUUUUGAAUUCCUGUUUUCACUGAUCGAAAAAUUCCAAGCGACUUCUAACAGAGGAAUUGGAAAUGAUAAUAUAAAUGGACGCAAGAAGGGUAGCUUAUUCCAGCCUUUGAAAGUUUCAACUGGAUCUUUCAAGGAUUUGCCUAGGCCUAUUGCUAGAAAACUAAAACUUAUUAUCGAUGGAGUAAUGAAUGAAUUUGUAGAAUCCUGGUAUAUUGAGGUUUGUCCAGAAGACAGAGAUUUUGUUGAUGAGACAAGAAGGGCUCUGGAGCAAAUAGCUGUAGAGGGGUACAAGAGGAUUUGCCGUGUAGACACACAUUCGACAGCAGUUAGUUUGAUUAAUCUUCUUACUUCGCAUUUGAAGAUAUUUAAUGAUUGCAGAGAUGUAGUGAAUAGCAAAUACCCUGGAAUAAAUGCAAGUGACUUUGAAAAAUGCGUUACUGAAUUAUAUGAGACACGGAUUACCCAACACGUUUCAUCUAAAAGUCAAGGUGCAAUGAUAGACUUUUUAAAAAGAAUAACAGACAUUUUGCUUUAUGUGCUGCUACCUAAAAACAGCUUCUCAUGUGAAGGGGGUAGAUUCAUGUUAAGAGAAAUCUUGGCAAUACAAGGCCUAAAAAGAUUGGUUGAUUUGCUUUCUGAUCCACAUUUUGUAAAUAAAGCCUUGAUUGAUAUUUUUGAGGAUCCGGUUCCAAUAGAGCAGAUUUUGCAAAAUUGGAAAGAUGAAUUAGAAAAAGACCUUGUUUUAGAAGAUGAACUGGAUGAAAUUGAAGAUUCAGAGAAUAAAGGCGAUAGUGAUGUGUAUGAAAGUGCAACGGAAGGGAGAAAAAUGGAAGCUGUGAAAGAAAAGAGAAGUGCAUCAAAAUGGACAAAACAGUCAUCGUUUUCAUCAAUUGAUCAAACACAAGAGAUUUCAGAUAAUUUUGAGUCAAAAUUUGCUACUCCAAGACAUUCAACAACAGAAUGGUCAUCAGAAGAUGAAUCAUUUGAAGCCUUUGGUCGUGUCUUGAGACAAAAUCAACUUGAAGCAAGAUCAUCAGCACCUGUUUAUGGCUCCAUGAUGGUCAAACUUCAUGAAGAAAGUGACAGGAAGAAAGUGCCAAAUUUAGACUAUCCUAUACAAGGAGCAAAAUAUGGAUCAAUUCCAAAUUAUACCCAAGGUACGAGUGAACAUUUAGUUGAACCAGUUAAAUUCAGAAGCUCUUCUGCACCAAUGGAUUCAAACUCAAAAAAUCAACAAGUUGUUGAUUUAUCAGUUAAUGAACUUGAAAGGUUUAGUAAUAAUGCCAGAGGUUUAAAUGACAGAGAAAUUCUUACCUUUGCAGAGCAUAAUACUAAAAGUAAGGUUGUACAAAUUGGAGAAAAUGGUGAAGAUGAGGCUUGGAGUGAAUGUCCUCCACCAGGAUCUAGUUACUAUCGCAAAGUAAGUUAUAAACAAAUGAACAAAAGCCAAGAUUUGUUUAAAGAACAAGUAAAAGCAAAGCUGCAUGCCAUAGGGAGCAAUGUUUCUCCAUCUUGCUUAACAUCUGGAAGAAGCAGAACAAUCAUGCAAAGACAUAGUAGUUUACCAGAAUUGACUCAUUCUUUUGAAGGAAGUGUUGCCUUUAGCCUUCCUGAAAAUCAUGAUUACUUAGAAAUUAAAGCUUCAAUUGAUAAAGAUAUUGAUAUUGUGAAAGACCAAUUUGAAACAAAUGAAGAUAAUAAGGAAGAAUUUGUAAAGAUUCAUUCUGUUCCUGAGAGGAAUGUAUUUUAUGAGGUUGCUCCAGAUUGCCCUACUUGCAUUGAAAUGACAGCACUUGCUAAUCCAUUAGAAAAUGGUAAAGCGGUGUUAACCAUUGACCCAAAGUCAACACCCGAAAAAGUUGUUGAUCAUGAAUGUGGCUUGUCAUGUGGCCAUUUUUACCAUCCAGAAGUAGAUGAUGAGGAAGUGGUAAACAAUGACAGUGAUGUUGAAUCAUUUGUUUCUUGUGAAAGUGAUAGUCUCACAGAUUUAGAUGAUUCAGUUGCAAGUAUAGCCAGUGAAAGUACACUUUUAGCUUCCAGUGAGAGCAUGGGUAAUGGUAAUGAUGAUGCUGCUUUUCAAAGUUUGAGAAGGCUUAAGUUGAAAAUAGAUACAAAAAGCACAAGUGUUGAGAGCUUUGAUAUUGUCUCUAUGAAGGGAAGUGACUCUGAAUUUUCUUCUGCAAAUGACUUUGAUCAAAGUAGCUCAACACAAUGUCUUGAUGAUAUGAAAUACGACUUAACUGAAGAAUCUGAUACAAAAGAGCAUAGAAAUCGGUUGGAAAAAGCCCCAUCAAUUACAACCUUUGCAAGUGCUUUUGAUUUGAGUUCUGGUGAGCCAACUAACGCACAACACUUCAAGACCCCAUUUAAAAGUGAAUCUGCACCUAAGUUGUCAGCAAAGGAUUUUAAAAGCAGGACUCGGUCACCUCCAAAAAAGUAUAUGACUCUAAAACCAGGAAUGCCAGCUAAAUUUCUAAAGUCUUUGAAAGAAUUGAGACUGAGAAGAAUCAUGGCAAAAGAAGAGAUAAUUGACAGCUCUGAUGAUGAAAGAGGGAAUAGUGUACCUGACCUUACUGAAAAAAAGACUCAUCAUCCCCUUUCUCGUGAUAAAAAGAAAAGAUUGUUUUUGGAAAAGUUUAAGUUCCAGGGAAAGAAGAUUCAAAGUGUUAAUGAUAAUGGUAAUGAAAGUGAAGCCCGCCUAAGAGAAUUUCAAAGCUCGUUUUCAGGUACAACAGACAGUGAUGAGAGUCUUUUGCAGCACGUUAUACAAACACCAAGCAAUGUAUUACCUUAUGAAAAUCUUGUUAAAGAAUGGAACGAGGAAGCUAUGAAAAUUGAAAUCAAUGCAGCAGAUGAAGUUGCAGAUGAAAUCAGUGAAGAUAUUGAUCCUAAUGAUUGUUUUAUGGAUGCUCAUUCAAUAUUCAAUGAAAGGUUUGAUGACUCACUAUCUAUUGUUGCUGAAUCUCUGGAUAGUCAAGAUGGUUCAAAGCUAGGGGAUGAUAUAUCAGUAGUUGCGGAACCUUCAAUAGUAUCAAAAAUCAAGCCUGGAGGGGUGAUAGCAGUUUAUGAAGGAGAAGUGAUUCUUCCCCACCCAAGCAAGAUGUUUGUCUCUGCAUGGAUGUACCCAAUGCAGAUGAUAUCCAUUCCCACCACUGAAGUUGCUUUUGAGAAAGGAUGGGAGCCUGGAGGAAAUAAAUACACACUUUACAGUAUUCAUUAUGAUAUCAGAAUUUGGCCUGAAAUUUAUCAAGUACAGAUGAUAGAAGCAUCCCAGAAAUCAUCAGAAAAUGAAGAUUCCAAAGAUGGUAUCCCCAUUAUCCGGGAAAUAAAGAGGAGAUACCGCGAGUUUAUGUACCUUCACAAUCGAUUAACUCACAGUCACAUGUCGGCCUAUAUGAAAGGGGUGCUCAAGCCUAAUCGACGGUAUGGCAUGCCUUUUGGGAGAAUGGACCCAGAUGUCAUUGCAGGAAGAAGAAAGAUCUUGGAAGCCUAUCUUGUGAGCCUUGUCAGCAGACCUGAAGUGUGCAACAGUCGCGAGUUUAAAGAAUUUCUCGGCGCAGAAGGAUAUGGAGUUGCUUCCUUUCUGAAACAUAAAGAGGUUCAACCGAAGCAGAUGGUGAAUAAAAUGAUGGGUAGCAUGAAAAACCCUUUUCCAGGGUCCAAGGAUGUAGCAGGAUUGGGAGAGAGCUCGCAGUAUUUCAUUCACGGAUAUGAUGUUCCUAGAAUGUUUGGCUAUGCCGAAGCUAGUUCACUAGUUCGUCAUUCGUCUCCAUGGUUCUCAAGUUUUAUUGAUGUUCACUUGCACAGAGACAUGUUACCUGAGGGAGAGACAACUGACCAGAAAAGAAUGAAUGUUAUGGGUACAAUUGAGUUUUUCCAAAGGCCUAAGCUUAUUGGGGCAGAUUUUCAGGAGACAGCAAAUCGAGACUCUUUGGGAAUUUCACUUGAUUUACUCGGCCCCAGAUCACUGGGUGAUGGCUCAGAUUGUCCGGAACCCAGCCGAAACGAAAAUGGACUGUUUGGUGAAAGUCCUGACAGAAGAUUUUCUGUUGGCAUUGCCUCCUUAUUCACAAAUGAGUUGGCUGCAAAGUCGAAAACUGAAACUCUAUCGACACUGGAUGCAAGAAAAGCUGCCGAAGACAUACCAUGGCCUCUUUCUGAUGCAGUGAUGUCGUUCUUGUGUCAAGCAUUGAAGGGACAUGACUGCUGGGUGACGUACGAAAAUGUCCAGCAGGCUCUUCUCUAUAGCCUUGGUAGUUUGUUGGAAUGGCAAAUUUCAAGAGCUAUUGAUGAGGUGGUUAUCGAGGAACGUUGGAUGAAAUAUCUGAAUGAUUUGUAUCACGUGAUUUGGGAAGAUGGGAAACUGAAGGAGCCCCUCCCAGAACCCACGGAAGAGGAAAAGGAAGCUAUUAAAGAAGAAGCGUUGCAGAAAAUGCUGCGUUUUUUACCAGGUAUAGUGUCAAUGAUUAUAGGGGAUAACCAAUACAGCAAAUGGGGUGAAGACCUGCUUCAUGCAUUACAGUACCAGAAGAUAAACAGGCAUCUCCUGUAUGCUGCGAUUGAUUUGGUAAUGGGUGAGUUCAUACCGGAACUUCAAAAUGGGUUUCAAGAUUAUAAAGCUUCGUCCGCUCCAUCAAAGUAAAAGCAACCAAUUUUCGCUAAUGCUGUCUUUACAAAUUUGAAAUCGAGGUCGGUGUCUAGCCUACCAUAAAUACUACAGAAGUGGCAGGUUAGCUUUGAACAAAAUCGAUUGAGGUUCUGAGUAUAGCGUUAAAGUCAAGUUUAGUAUAGUUUUUUGUGCUGAUUUCAAAUUACCUAACUCUACUUCGCAAACACAACUAUCUAGGUGUAGAGAUAACUUUUGAAAAGUGAACGAUCACAAAAAUGGAGAAAGAGUACCUUGAUCUCCCCCAUUUUAUGCAGAGGCUGUAUUGACCACAGUAUCCUCAAUUUUGGCCUUUCAACUGAUAAAUUUAUAUUAUAAUAAUUAAAUGUCAUCAUAAGAAUAGCAUUCAAAAUGCAAAGGGGUGCAGUCAUUAUAAAGGGCCACAUUGAUCAGCACCAUUUCAUCACAUUGGCCCUUUCGAUUGAUAAGUUACAGUUAACCAGAUAUUAUUAUUGUAUAAGGUCUUACAGAUGGCAAUUGAAUUGAGUAGCACUGCACUGUAAGGCUCCAUGAAGAAUAAGAGAGUCUUUGGAAAAAAAGGAGGGUAUUAUUGUUAAUGGGAUUGCACUUUUCUAUGUUGUUCUAAACAGUAAAAGAAACACGUUCAAAAUCCUUCUUUAUUUCAACGCCCCUUUAAUUGUAAAUAUUACGAAUACACAGAAUGCAAAAGUAUUUCUAUAAUUUUGUUGAUAUGUAAGUGUGGAAAUAAUAAUAAUAAGGCUAUAUUAAUAAUCAGUACACACAAUGUUACUGUAACGAUAUGAAUGAUAUUCCUGUUCCCACUCAAUUUUUUAAUCUUAUGGUGACUAAGUCCUAAAUUAGAAAAAAAGAUGUUAAAUUAAUUGCAGCUGAGCGGGAUAAAGUUAGGAUAUUCUGUUAAAGUUUACAUAAUUUUUUGUGUACAUUAUUAAGAAUCAUUUGAAUGUCUUUUUGAUUUUACUGGCGACUGACUGUCCUUAAUCAGUAUACAACCUCUCUAUUUCUUUUCGUACUAUGAAAAUGAUAGUACCCUUCGUUUGUUUCAGGACAAAUGACAUGUUUAAUUUAGUAUCUACUUAUUUUAGAAGGCGUGAAUUCGUGUUGAAGUGUUGAAAUAAUUUAACUAAACAGCUAUUAUUCUGAAAUUGUAAUUUUUGGUGUCAUUGCUAACAUGCGAGAAAUUCAGGUUCAAGUUUUAAUUAUUGAUGUAAAUAGAAAAUUUGUAGAAAAUGCUAACAUUGAAUUGAAGAUCGUUUUGUACACAUUUAAAAUCGUUUAUUGCCGCAAAUGAACUUGGCGUUUCCUUAGAAGUAA